GCCUGAGAAUGGGGAGUCCAGACUGCACUGCACACUCGCCUCUCUACAUCAGUCACCCUCACCACACUGACAUUAGGAUAGCCCAGCUGGAUGAGGUGGAGGACAUCAAACCGCCCCGCAGCUUGUUGGGGCUGCCUGAGCUCAGCUGGCCAGGGGUCUACGUCCCCAGCUACAACAGAUUAGCCAUAGAGGAGAACCCCUGGGUGCUGAGGAUGACAGAGGCCCCAGCUCCUGUUGCUCCUCCCUCCAGGAUUCCAGAGCUGAACCCAGCCAAACCCAGCCAAGUCCACAAUCCCCCUUCUGGGAUGGAGGGUCAGGUGGAGGAGCGCUGUCUGGAGCAGGUCCAGACCAUGGUGGUGGGAGAAGUGCUGAAAGAUGUCGACACGGCUUGCAAACUGCUCAACAUUGCAUCAGACCCCUUGGACUGGAGCUGUGUGCAUGUACAGAAGUGGCUACUCUGGACCGAGCACCUGUACAGGCUGCCACAGGUCAGCACAAUGUUUCAGGAACUGACUGGCAGAGAUCUGUGCUCCAUGACAGAAGCAGACUUCAGACAACGCUCCUCGCAGUUUGGAGACAUGCUGUAUGCUCAUCUGGACAUCUGGAGAUCUGCUGCAGCAAUGAAAGAGCGCUGCCCACCAGAAGACAGCAAAUCUGCAGCUGAUGAUGAUUCCUGGUCAGAUGUGAUGUGUAACUACCCCAACCAGCCCAUCCACCUUUGGCAGUUCCUCCGAGAGCUGCUCCUCAAGCCUCAUGACUACAGUCGCUGCAUCCGCUGGCUUAACAAAGAGAAAGGCAUUUUCAAAAUAGAAGACUCGGCUCACGUGGCCAGGCUAUGGGGCAUCAGGAAGAACCGCCCGGCUAUGAACUAUGACAAACUGAGUCGCUCCAUACGCCAGUACUACAAAAAAGGCAUCAUUCGAAAGCCUGAUGUAUCACGCAGACUGGUCUACCAGUUCGUCAACCCCGUAUGAUGAAGAGGCUGGGCUGAUCAGAAGAGAAUGAGCUGAGGAGGAAACAAAGAUAUGCUGGACAUACAGUACAAGUAACAUGAACUCUGAAGCUCGUUCGUUCAUUGUAUUUAAAUUUUCAUUUCAAUUGUAUAGACUGCCUACUGAAAUAUGCACUCCUGCCUAUCAUACUAUCUCUUUACUUAAUUAUUCUUAAUACUGUAUUUUAAUUUAUAUGUCUCUUUGUUGUCAGUUUUUCCAACUGUGGAAACGUUUUUCCAACUGUGGAAACGUUUUUCCAACUGUGGAAACAUUUAAGAGAAAUAGAAAAUACGCUUACUUGCAUUCUUGCCAAGAGUUAGACGAGAAGAUUGAUACCACUCUCUACCUGUACGGUAUGUAGCUGGAGCUUAGCAUAAAGAUUGGAAACAGCUAGCCUGGCUCUGUCUAAAGUUUUAUCCAAAAACUGCCAAUCAAUUCCUUUAAAGAACACCAUUUAACACCUUAUACUGCAUCUUUCUUGUUUAAUCAAUACAAAAAUUAUUGAACUUUAAGGGUGCUGAUUGGUGAGUUUAGAUAUCUUUGGACAGAGCCAGGCAAGCUUUUUCCUGUCAUUGUGCUAAGCUAUACUAACCAGCUCCAGCUACACAUUUAGUGUAGAGACAUGUGUAUCUAACUCUUGGCAAGAAACCAAAUAAGCACUAUUUCCCAAACUGUUUAACUAGUCCAUUAAAUUUUCUUUUUCUAAUUAUGAUACUUGUCCCAGUCAAGUGUCCAGAAUAUUUAGAAGUUGCAGAGCAAUGCCAAAGAAAGCGAAUAUUUUAUUAAACCUUCCUUGAUGGAUAGUCCUUUUUACAUUUCUGUAUUUUGGGUUUAUGUUCAGGAUCUAUAAUAAAGCAAUAAAUUACCAAAUAUUGAUUAUAAUAAAUCAUUCCAAAUCACUCGUGCAGUCCAUACAAAAAAC